UCUUCCAGUCAUGGUCAGGAUCACUAGUUUAUUUAUUUAAAUAAUCAACGCGGCAAGAAGAGACCCGGGCAACGACCGCGUAGGUCCGUAGCGCGUGAUGAUCAUGACCUUAAUUAUUACCAAACUCUGCUUAAUGGUGGGGCGCGCGCGCGUUCUGCUGUAUAUAUGCAUAUGCAUCCAGUAGCGGCAAUGCAACAAGGAAUGUACCGUGCUAGCGCAUUGCUCCAAGCACCACGAACACCCACAGACACAGCCUAGCUAGGAUGAGUUCUGUGGCGGCAAUACUCACUGGCAUGCAGCUCUUGCUGAUGUGCUUCAUGGGUGCUGCGCCGCGAGUGCCCUGGCUGGUUUCUGGAGUCGCCCACGCUGGCGGCCCAGAAGGGAUCUUGUCUAUCCCUUCCGCGGCCUCCCUGGCUCGCUGCCCCACUAGGUGCGGAGGAGCCGGCAUCUCCUACCCGUUCGGGACCGCGCCCGGCUGCUUCCGGCAAGGCUUCGAGCUCACCUGCGACCACAACAGCACCAGGCUCUUGUUGACCAACAGCACCACCGAGAUCCUCGGCACGGACGUCAACUCGGCCUAUGCUUCGAUCGCCUUCAAAAUCACCUUGACGCCAGGCAAGACCACCUACACCGGGUCAUGGGAGUCGCCUGCCGAGGGCUUGAACAUCGAUUUUGGCAGCCACAUGUAUGUUGUUGGCUGCGACAUCGAGGUCGUCCUGUUCGAUUCUGGGACGAACCUUACCAUUGGUUCUUGCAUAAGUAUGUGCUUAGGCAACAAGACCCUCAUGGGUGAAAUGGACGCCGCCGUGCAUGGGCAGUGCAAUGGCUUGGGCUGCUGCAGCAUCGCUUUGUCGGCAUAUAUGAGAGGCUUCCGCUUCACGCUGUCCCGCAGGGACGGCGUCGCCAGAACACCAUCAUCAUCAGAUGCAGAGCCCUCCAUCGUCAAGGUUUUCUUAACGGAACAAGAUUAUUACUUUGACACCAGCACAGACCUGUACUCGAGCAGGAUAGGCGGGAUUUUUCCGGCAAAGCUGGUAGUUCUCAUCAGGGACCAGCCAAGUUGUGAAAUGGCAUCUGCAAAUAAAGGAACAUAUGCAUGCAGCCCUGGUAGCUCAUGCGGGAUGCUAAAGUCGGGGGCAGGUUACUUCUGCUACUGCAAUAAUAAUCCUACUAGCGUAGGGGGCAAUAAUCCCUAUAUUUUGGAUGGCUGCAUCGAAGGUUACAAUCCCAAUCCUAGGGGAAAUUGUACGAGGUCGUGUGGAAACAUGUCCAUCCCUUUCCCUUUUGGGUUGGAAGAAGGUUGCUUUGCACACGAGAAAUUCCGGCUUGCUUGUGUGGAUAAUAAGUUCACAGUUCUUGACCGUGUUCUUGACCGAGGAGGCAGCGCAAAAUAUCAUGUCACCAAUUUGUCAGUAGAAGGUGGAUACUUGGAUAUAGCCGGCAUGCUGAACGAUUCGAGCAACAGUGAUGACGGGUUAGUAAUAGCGCAUGCCAUCAAUAGUUUCAGUGAGUUCUCUCAAGAAUUCGACAUCCGAAUGAGGUGGGCUGUCACCAACUUAACCUGUGGAUCAGCCUCGCAAAGGCCCCGAACUUAUGCAUGUAUCAGCACCUACAGCAAAUGUAUUAAUGUCACCCACGGGAUGCUAUUCCUAGGAUAUCGCUGUAAGUGCUUGAAUGGCUAUUAUGGGAAUCCAUACAUCCUAGAUGGUUGUAAAGAUAUUGAUGAGUGCAUUGAGCACCCAAAUGAUUGCAAUGGAGUAUGCCAUAAUACUCCAGGAGGAUACUAUUGUACAAAUUGUACCCAUGGUAAAGUAUAUGAGCCAACAAAGGGGAAAUGUGUCACAUCAGCUAAGCAACACAAUCUUCUGUUAGGUAUUACAAUUGGAAUUGGUUGUGGCCUCGGCUCCAUAAUUAUUGCACUCUAUGCAAUUAUACUUGUCAAUAAGUGGAAGCAAGGCAUACGGAAGAAGAUUCGAAGAGCAUACUUCAAGAAAAAUCAAGGCCUACUAUUACAGCAGCUAAUCUCAGAUGGAAACACCACAAACAAAACAAAGAUAUUCUCCUUAGAGGAACUAGAGAAAGCGACCAACAACUUCGAUACUACUCGUGUUCUUGGUUGUGGAGGACAUGGCACUGUUUAUAAAGGAAUUCUAUCUGAUCAAAAUGUGGUGGCAAUCAAAAUAUCCAAAAUUGUGGAGCAAAAUGAGAUAAACCAGUUUAUCAAUGAGGUUGCUAUCCUAUCUCAAAUCAUCCACCGCAAUGUGGUGAAGCUUUUUGGCUGCUGCUUGGAAACUGAGGUGCCCUUGCUUGUAUACGAGUUCAUAUCCAAUGGCACACUAUAUGGACUUCUUCAUGAUGAUAUUAAUGCUAAAUGCUUGCUGUCAUGGGAUGAUCGCAUUAGGAUAGCGGUAGAAGCAGCAGGGGCACUUGCUUAUUUGCAUUCAGCUGCCACAAUACCUAUUUAUCAUAGAGAUGUGAAAUCUUCCAACAUACUCUUAGAUGCCACCUUCACCACAAAGGUUUCCGACUUUGGUGCUUCAAGAUCUGUUUCACUUGAUGAGACUCAUGUGGUGACCAACGUACAAGGAACAUUCGGGUACUUAGAUCCAGAGUAUUACCAUACUGGCCAGCUUACCGAGAAGAGUGAUGUGUAUAGUUUUGGUGUUAUACUCUUGGAGCUUGUGACUAGAAAGAAACCAAUUUUCAUCAACGAUUCUGAUAUGAAACAAAACUUGUCCCAUUACUUUGUUGAAGGACUUCAAGAAGGAGCUCUUAUGCAAAUAAUAGAUCCACAGGUCGUGGAAGAGGCUGACCAAGAAGAAAUCGAUGAUAUUGCUUCACUCGCUCAAGCAUGCUUGAAGACCAGAGGAUCAGAGAGACCAUCCAUGAAAGAGGUAGAGAUGAGGUUGCAGUUCCUAAGAACUAAGAGGCUAAGGAAAACACACCAUUUACCAGAAAUUAAUGAUGAGAUUGAGCUUCUGUUUUGCCCACAAGCUAGUAACUCUGACGUACAACUUCAUCUUGUAAAUGGUAUUACCCGUUUGCCUUCUGAAGAAACCUCUCGGGGAUACAGUCUAGAGAAAGAACUUGCAUCCUCAAUCAGUUGGCCACGCUAACUAUAGCAUACACAUGGUCAAUAACAGAGACAAGUGCUGUCUUGGAAACACCUGAGUUGCUAUAUAUUUUUCCACAGAUAAAUAUGUAUCAUUAUUGUUCCCUUUAGAUUGGAGUAUGCUAUUUGGUUGCAAUAAUAUACAGUUGGUCUACU